CAGUGUGGAAAGAGCGUUUUGGCAAACUUUUUAGCUGAUGCUACAGAGAACAUUGGUGGAGAAUACAGUCCAACACAAGGUGUAAGAAUAUUAGAAUUUGAGUGUCCUAAUAUAAAUGGGAACAAAGGACCUGGAUGUGAAGUGGAACUGUGGGACUGUGGAGGCGAUCACAAGUUUGAAACUUGCUGGCCUGCCAUAAUGAAAGAUUGCCAUGGGGUAAUCAUUGUUUUUAAUGCAGACAUUCCAAGUCACCUCAAAGAGAUUGAAAUGUGGCACAGUAACUUCAUUCAACAACAAAGGUUUCAAGAAAAUCAGUGUCUGCUGAUAGCACACCACAAGCCUGGAUCAGGGGAUGAUUCAGAGAAACCAGAUUUGUCUCCAGCCUUAAGCAAAUUGGCACUGGUACAUUCCAAUCUAGAAGAAGAUCCUGAGGAUGUAAGAAUGGAAUUUGUUAAAUAUCUCCGAGGUGUCGUCACCUCAUUGUCAGAGAGCAGGGACCGGGAAGAGAUGUCCAUUAUCACAUAA